UGGUACCGCCGCAGCCUCGCCUCACCUCACCCCUCCUCGGUGUUGUGGGAGGGAGAGGAGCCCCAGAAGCCCUCCCUUCCCUCCUCCCCCCUCCUCCCCCCACCCCGGGGAGGGCCGCUACAAUUUGUGGUUACAGCUUUACACGUCAGAAAAAAAAAAAAAAAAAAAGUUUGCAGAAUGUCCCACACCGAAAAAAAAAAAAAAAAAUCCGAAACCGAGCGAAAAAAACCUGCGAGUGGGCCUGGCGGAUGGGAUUAUUAAAGCUUCGCCGGAGCCGCGGCUCGCCCUCCCACUCCGCCAGCCUCCGGGAGAGGAGCCGCGCCCGGCCGGCCCGGCCCCCAGCCCCAUGGACCUCCGAGCAGGGGACUCGUGGGGGCUGCUAGCCUGCCUGUGCACUGUGCUCUGGCACCUCCCCGCAGUGCCAGCCCUCAACCGCACAGGGGACCCGGGGCCUGGUCCCUCCAUCCAGAAAACCUAUGACCUCACCCGCUACCUGGAGCACCAACUCCGCAGCUUGGCUGGGACCUACCUGAACUACCUGGGCCCCCCUUUCAACGAGCCUGACUUCAACCCGCCUCGCCUGGGGGCAGAGACCCUGCCCAGGGCCACUGUCAACCUGGACGUGUGGCGGAGCCUCAACGACAAACUGCGGCUGACCCAGAACUAUGAGGCCUACAGCCACCUGCUGUGCUACCUGCGAGGCCUCAACCGCCAGGCCGCCACGGCCGAGCUACGCCGCAGCCUGGCCCACUUCUGCACCAGCCUCCAGGGCCUGCUGGGCAGCAUCGCGGGCGUCAUGGCGGCCCUGGGCUACCCACUGCCCCAGCCUCUGCCGGGCACUGAGCCCACCUGGGCCCCUGGCCCUGCCCACAGCGACUUCCUCCAGAAGAUGGACGACUUCUGGCUGCUAAAGGAGCUGCAGACCUGGCUGUGGCGUUCAGCCAAGGACUUCAACCGGCUCAAGAAGAAGAUGCAGCCUCCUGCGGCGGCGGUCACCCUGCACCUGGAGGCCCACGGCUUCUGACCUCUCACCUUGCCCACCUCCCCUCUCGCCUCCUCUUUUAAGCCCUGCUCCCGCUCAGGGAGGGAGAAACCUGUGCACCAACCCUUGCUGAGCCAGGAGACAGAAGCCAGGAGGCUCUGGCCCUCUCCGGACUUGGAAGGGGGUGCGAUGCAGUAAGGCCUGUCCCCUCCCGCUUCCCAAAGUCCUGCGGGUCUGGGGAAGAGGUCCAAGAGCUCCUGUCCCGUUGCCACAGGAAGGAGUGCUCACCCGAGCAGAGGGGUGCCAGCUGGUGCAAGGGCUCUCACAGCUUCCUGCGUCCUGCCCAGCAGGUGCCGGUGCCACACGGCCCCUCUCCAGUGGUACGUCCAGGAAGCGUGCCUGUAGGGCAGGGAGGGGGGCCACCAGGGCCCCUGUGUUUCUGGGGUGAAGCCCUCCGGCUGCCCCGCUCUUCUUUGAUAGGUGUUGCUCCCCUAUCCCCAAAUAACUCGCUACACCCGAUUCAGGAAACGCACACAGUGGCAAGUCCAAACAGGGAGAAACGGGAUUUAAAGGUGGAAGAGGCAGGGUCUGCAUUGGAGGUCAGACUGAAAGCGUAGGGCCAGGGACAGACCGGACCCAGGGGUCACCAAGACAGUCGGUGGCACAGGAUGGCAGCCAAAAGGACCUUGCUUUGCAUCUGGUCGUGGGCAUCACGGUGCCUCCUCCCCACCCCCUUUCCGGGCUGGCUGUGGGUUGCCCAGGCUGGGGAAGGCAACCAGAGCCACCGUCGCAGGGUUCCCUGAAAGUUUACAUUGCAGUAGCAUUGCAGGGUGCGGGGGGCAGCUCCCCCCCGGGCCCUGCCCCCAGCCUCACCCACUCAUGACUCUAAGUUUGUUGUAUUAAUAUUUAUUUAUUUGGAGAUGUUAUUUAUUAGAUGAUAUUUAUUGCAAAAUUUCUAUUCUUGUAUUAACGAAUAAAAUGCUUGCCCCAGGA